CCACAACACCACCAUUAGCAUCCAUCGUCACGCAGCGCAUCCCCACCCACUUCAUGCCAUCGCGAAAGCGGGCUCGAUCCGACAGCCUCGAGUGCCGUCGACCAUCCAAGCGCCUUGUCCGGGCCCUCUCGGAUGCCGGCGACGGCGCGUCCACACACACCUCGCCUCCCCUGCUUCUCACCCACGAGAACCUUGAACGCUGGACCGCAGCGACCUUCGCACCGAAUCCGCUGCGCGCCAUGUCCCGCCCACCCUCUCCCUCUCGCUCGAACGUCGAUGACCUCGACAAGCUCGCCGCAUACCGCGUCCUUAUCGACCGGGGCGACGAUCGCCCUGCCGCCUUGCAGGCACACAUUGCGACACACAUCUGUCCCGAGCCGUUGGCCGAGGCCACGUCCCCUGCGGCGCUCAAGGCAGUGAGGAAGCGGCGGCUGGCCUCGCGCCAGAAUGAACGCAGUGGCAUUCGCAUGAUGGAGCCCUUCCUGCUGUUCCGCGGCGAGGUGCAGGUCGACGACGACGACGACGACGCCGCGGUGCCGCUCAUCUUCUCCAAGGACGAGGCGAAUCUCGACCGUGCCUAUCUCCCGCCGGCGCCUAACGAGAUGGUGAAGAAGACCCAGGGACCGCUCUCACAACCGCGCGCCGACACCAUCGUGGGAUACGUGACCAUCCAGGACGCCGAAAGCCGCCAGCCUCCCGGGCAGUCCGCCUUCUCAGCGAGCGAGGAGGCUGCGCUCACGGGAUACCGCCUGACGCCCAACGUCCACUUGCCGUUCCUCUCCUCGCAGUGGAAGUCGCCUGCCUCAGACCAGCAUCCCUCGCGCGCAUACAACCAAUCUGGUCGCGAUGGCGCCGCCGUUGUCAACCACCUGCACGACUUCUACAUCGUCGCCUACCCACACCGCGAACCAACCGUUGUCGAGACCUGCCACUACUCGCUCACGUGCGACCUACACUACGCUCAGAUCUGGGUGCAUUGGCGCCAGCAAGGCGCCCUUGCCGUACCCGAUCAUCACAUGGAGCUCGUGGAGGAAUUCUCGAUGCGCAAGGAAGCCGAUGUUCGGAAGGCGCGCACCGUUCUCCGCAACAUUCUCGACUACGCUUUGGGCCCGCGGCUGCAGUCGCUCAAGGCCGCGCUGCCUUCGUUUGCUACGAAUCGCGUAUACAGGGGAGGCACCAGCACUACCGGGCCCGGCUCUGAGACCUCCCUCCCGAUGCUGCACCUGCCGCUUACGCCGAGCGAGACGCUUUUUCGAACACCAGAGGAGACAGCUAAGGAGCCGUCAAAGAAGAGGAGGAUUGAGGAGGUGGAGGGGGAGAAGCAGGAUGUUAGAACAUAACUGCACGUUGGCGGAGGAAAGAAUUGCACGCAUGUAGAACCUGUUAGAAUAGAUAAAGAGAG